AUGGCCUAUCUCGGCGAGUCCCCACCUCUGCCACCUCUUUCCACCCUCUUCCCUCAUAUCCAGUGCGAUGCCACGACCCUUCCUCGCUCUAUUGACCCCUUCACCAUCACCGCCGCAACAGGCUUUCUACCAUGUCGUCCGCCUCUCCGGCGCCUGCCUGCACAAUUCGACGCCGUCUCCAAUGUUCUAGACGACAUGCCCAUAGUGAAAGCUGAUGGUGCGCCUGGUCUGCUCGCGACCUUCAAGCUCGGGGCUUUGAUCGACUCGGGGGUGUUGCCGGACCUGAGCUCUCACAUCAACGACCUGCGCAUCAAGGCUGGUACUGAGGAUGCAUACGAUCUCGAGGCAAUCACCGCCCUUUUCCGGGACUACAGUUUCCUUGCCAGCGCAUAUCUACUGGAGCCCUGCUGGGAGACAUGGUCCAGGGACCACGAUGCUGGCUAUGGCCUGGGUCGAGCGGUCUUGCCACAGUGCAUUGCGGCACCAUUGGUUAGAGCAGCUGACAUCCUCGACCUCCCACCAUUCAUGUCGUACGCAGCUUCCUACGCCUUGUACAACUACUGGCUCGUCAAUCCCAAUGUUGGCGCCGGUGUGUACGAGAAUAUCCGCCUCAUCCGUGCAUUUGAGCGUGGACUCGACCCAGCCAGCUCCGAGGCCGGCUUCAUCCUCACCCACGUGCACAUGGUACAAGAAACCGGACCCUUGAUCUCCGGCGCAGUCAGUCUCCUCUCGACGAUAGAAGAAUCCGCCAAAGAUACGACCGCCGCCGUGGCUGCGUUCCAGACGAUGCUGUCCGCCAUGACACGCAUCGAGGCCCACAUGGAACAGAUGUGGACGCACUCUCUUCCUAAAGACUACCUGUCCUACCGUACCUUCAUCUUUGGCAUCACGUCGCAAUCCAUGUUCCCGAACGGUGUGAUCUAUCAAGGUACCCGCUACGGAGACUCUAAGCCGCUCUAUUUCCGCGGCGAGUCCGGGGCGAACGACAGUAUUAUCCCGUUGCUCGACCACCUGCUUGAGAUCCCCAUGCCGCAGAACCCGCUCACGGAGAUCUUGCGGGAUUUCCGAUCGUACCGCCCCAAGCCGCACCGCGAGUUUCUGGCCUGGGUGAUGAGCAAGAGCGCCGAGGUGGGCGUGAAGGCAUACUGCACGGGCCACGGUCAACACGAUGCCAACUCGGCUCUCCUGCCAACCCUCUACCUGAAGCUUCUCGACCAUGUGCGCAGUUUCCGCUGGCGUCACUGGCUGUUUGCCCGGGAGUAUAUCAUCAAGCGCUCCUCGCAUCCAACGGCCACCGGCGGCAGCCCCAUUGUUACAUGGUUGCCCAAUCAACUGUUCGCCGUCAUGGACCUCAUGGACAGCGUCUACCGAGACAGUGGACUGAAGGACGUCAUUGACAAGGGAGACAUUGAAACUGGGGAAGGCAAGGUUGUCAGCGAGAUGAUGGACAAUAUUGCAACGCAGAGAGAGAAACUGGACCGCGAGGUCAAGCGGUACUGCAUCGAACGUGGUGCGUGA